UUUCAUCAUUCAAAACAUUCACUUUUACCUCAGUUCACCAGUGAGGAGUCACAAGGUAGCAGUUGGUUAGCCGGUGUUAAAGUGAACACGUUAGGCAACAUUGAACCUUAUUAAAGACGUCGUGUGGCAAUUGUUAAGUCCGUAAGUUGUUGGUUAAUUUUAUAGACAUAGAGAAGUUUCGUUAUUUACGCUUCGCCAACCUGCGCUAACUGUCGCAGCCUGACGUCAGCUUGACUAGCCGGUUAAAAGUUGCAGAACAUCUUUCACCUGGUCGGUUCAACGUAUGUGAGGUUUCUGUCUGUGGGCAGAGCAGAUGCCUCGUCUGGAGAAGCCCGACGGCAAAGGGAAGAAAAGACCGAGGUUCGACUGGAAGUUUGUGCAGAGGUUCUGCAACAUCCAGAGGGUCCUGUUCCCGUCAUGGGGCAGCCGGAGUGUCCUGAUGUUUGCCACGCUGCUGCUCGUCACGCUGACAGAGCAGCUGAUCAUUUACCAAGUGGGUGUCCUCCCCAGUCACUUCUACAACGUGCUGGCAGACAAAGAUUACCCGAGCUUCAGGAGUCUGGUGGGCAAAGCCAUGGUGCUCAUUUUACUCAACUCCACACUGAAAAGUGUAGACCAGUACAUUUGCAAUCAGAUGUAUGUUGGCUGGAGGAAGACGCUAACCGAGAGCCUCCACACAGCCUAUUUCCAGGGCCGAGUCUAUUACACGCUCAAUGUCCUCCGAAAGGACAUAGACAACCCAGAUCAGCGGAUCAGUCAGGACGCGGAGCGGUUGUGUAAGCAGAUGAGCACCAUGGCAAGUCGCUUGAUCGUCUCACCGUUCACACUGACUUACUACACCUACCACUGCUUACACAGCACCGGCUGGAUUGGUCCUGUGAGUAUCUUUGGCUACUUUGUUGUUGGGACCAUUGCAAAUAAAAUCCUCAUGGGACCGAUUGUGGCGACUCUGUUCGAGCAAGAAAAACUGGAGGGAGACUUCAGAUUCAAGCACAUGCAAAUUCGUGUCAAUGCAGAAUCUGCAGCUUUUUACAGAGCUGGUAAAGUGGAGCACAUGAGGACCAAUCGAAGACUGCAGGCUCUGCUACAAACUCAAACGAGUCUCAUAAAUAAAGAACUCUGGCUCUAUAUCGGGGUGAACACCUUCGACUACCUCGGAGGUUUCCUCAGCUACAUUAUAAUCGCCAUUCCCAUCUUCACUGGUAUCUAUGAUGGUCUCAGCCCCGGCGAGCUCAGUGCACUAAUCAGCAAGAACGCCUUUGUGUGUAUCUACCUGAUAAAUGGCUUCACGCAGCUAAUAGACCUGUCGACCACUCUGUCAGAUGUGGCUGGAUACACCCACAGGAUUGGGGAGCUGAGGGAGGUGAUGGAAGACAUUCUACACAAGCAGUGUGACUAUGACCCGGCAUCGGGAGAAAGCUUUGACUUUGACAGCGACUUCAAUGUCCACGCAGGCCCGGUAGACACUGCCUUCAUCCUUGACCAUCUUUCGUACAAAUCUCCGUACUCGGACGAGCUGCUGGUCGAGGACCUGAGUCUGAAAAUCAGUCAGGGAACUCACGUGCUGGUGGUGGGGAACACGGGCACCGGCAAAACGUCACUGCUGAGGGUCCUCAACCGACUGUGGGAAGCAGAGAGCGGUUUUGUCCAGAUGACGACAUGCUUUGGGCCCAGAGGAACCCUCUUCCUGCCUCAGAAACCGUACCUGACGGACGGCACUCUGCGUGAACAGGUGAUCUACCCGCUGAAGGAUAUUUACCCUGCAUCAGGGUCAGUGGACGAUGACAGAAUUAUAAAAUUCCUGGAAUUGGCUGGAGUGUCCAGUAUCUUGAAGCGAACAGGUGGGCUGGAUGAAGAAGUGGACUGGAACUGGUAUGAUGUUCUGUCUCCUGGUGAAAUGCAGCGUCUCUGCUUUGCACGACUUUUCUACCUGCAGCCCAAAUACGCAGUGUUGGAUGAGGCCACCAGUGCUUUGACAGAGGAGGCAGAGGCACAACUGUACAGGACCUGUAAACAGCUCGGCAUGACUUUGGUCAGUCUGGGACACCGCAGCAGCCUGGAGAAGUACCAUGAUGUCCAGUUGAAACUGUGCGGAGGCGGCCAGUGGGAGUUAAGUUGGUUGAAAGGAGGCAACAGCAGCCUCAACCACAGAGAUGAAACUAUGUAACCACGUGUGUUUGUAUGUAUUUAUGUAUGAAUUCAUGUCCACAGUCUUUUUAAAAAACACGACACUUUACCCUCGGUUUAUUGGCUGAAAAAGAUGUGAAGGAUGUGAGUGUUUUCCCAGAACAGGUUGAAGCCUGUUGGUUUUGGGCCCAUUCAACCAUCAUGAAAACAAAUCAGGAAAGUUGGAGGGAAACUUCAGACUCAGCAAAUCUAAUGUGCCUUUAUGUGAGAUCACAGUGGUUUAUUGUUUUACAUUCAGUCAAUAGAUUGGAAUAUUAUAACUACUGCGUUAUUCAGUUUUGUAUAAAAAAACCAAUGAUUUUGUGUCUAACAAGAGCAGAGUACAUCGGUGGACGAGAGAUACAGUUUAAAAAGUUGUUUACCUGGUUUGAUAAAAAGCUCAUGUGUGCAAUAAAAACUAAAAAUAUA